UUUUUUGUCCUCCUUUUAAAACAAACAGCCUUUUUUAUUUCCCCCCUCUUUUCUUCCCUCCGGAGCGGACCCUUUGGGAGGAGCGGCGGCGGCAGGCACACCGGGGGCGAGCAGGGAGGAUGGCCGGGGGGCUCCUCCCGGGGCUGCUCUUCCUCUUGCACGCCGCGGCUCGCCUGGCUGCCGAGCAAGAAGUUGAAAAUCUCUCUGGACUCUCCCCUAACCCCGAAAAGGACAUUUUCGUGGUGCGGGAAAACCGGACGACAUGUCUGAUGGCAGAAUUCGCGGCUAAGUUAAUCGUCCCCUACGACGUGUGGGCCAGCAACUACGUGGAUAUGAUCACGGAGCAAGCCGACAUCCCGCUGUCGCGGGGCGCCGAGGUGACGGGCAAGUGCGGUACCAACGAGUCGGAGCUGGAGAUCUCCUGGCUGAAGCGAGCGUACACCCUCAAACUCUUCUUCCUGAAGGAGGGGCACAACACGUCCCGGGGGCAGGAGGCUUUCUGGAGGCUCAGCCAGGUCCAGUUCACCUACAACACCGCCGAGCCCACCUACUUCAAGGAGGCCGUCAACCCUGCGAGGCACACGGUCACUUCGCAUGAGCUCUCUGCCCUGGUCACCCCAGCUGGGAAGUCCUAUGAGUGCCAGGCACAGCAGACCAUCUCCCUCACCUCCAAAUACCGCCAGAAGCCUGUGCAGCUCCUGCUGUCUGAAGUGCGUGUCCAACCCUUCGACAUCGCCUCGGAUUUUGUCUUCAGUGAAGAACACAAGUGCCCAGUGGACCAGAGGGAGCAAUUAGAAGAAACCCUGCCUCUGAUUUUGGGCCUGAUCCUGGGGUUGGUUAUCGUGAUAACCCUCUGUGUUUACCAUAUCCAUCACAAGCUGACAGCCAACCAAGUGCAAAUUCCUCGGGACAGAUCUCAGUACAAACACAUGGGAUAGGAGACAGGAUCGAGCAGCCCACAUAUUUAUCAGGUAGAAAAAGCAAAAGCACUUUUUUUUUGAGAGUGAGGAAAGGUUAUGGGGAAGGGGCGAGAGCGGGUAUUCACAACACCUAAUCCUGGGUAUGUCCUGGGGGUGCACACAUUAAUGUUGGGCUUUAAUAUAGUGGGUGCAGGUAAUAUUAUAAUAUUAAAGACUGUCUCUGCAAGGAGACUCAGAGCAUCUGAUCUUAGGAGUCUGUCUGUGGCAGUAGGUGAUAUGAAUACCUUCUUAAGAGGCUGGGCUGAUCAUUUGGAAACAGAAAUGCUUCACAUGUCAAAGUUUAACACCUGGGGCAAACCCAGCUUUUUUCCUUUCUGUUGUUUUUUAUUUCCACCCCUCCCUUUUUUCUCUCUUUAAGGGACUCCUCCCUCGUCAGUGCCCUGCUCUGGGCAGCAUUCAGCCCUUUCUGUUCCCAUCUGUGCAGGGAGCAGGGCUGUGGGCACAGAGCCAGCACACAUUAAGAUCCUCUAAUGAAGGGGCUAUGACCAUGUUCCUGGGGGUUGCACUCAUGUUAAGGCAAGCAUGAAGGCAAUAGAGGUGUGUUUUGAAAUAAAUAAAUAAAGGCCAUUACUUCAAGCUGGUAUAAACUGGAGUAACUUCAGUGCAGCAGAUCACAGCCAGCUGAGGUGACCCCACACUUGAGGCUGAGCAAGAAAAGUUUGUUUUUGCUUCUUGAGCCACAUCUGAAUUAAA